AUGACAACGACACCAGAAAUCUCAAAUACCGCACCGGCAGGAAUUCCAACCGCAAUUGGUCCACCAAGUAACAGUAAUUUCUCACCAGACAACAACGGUUCGCAGAUACACAAUAGCGAAUACCAGAAUUCGUAUCAAUGGAAGUUACCGAUGAUUGCUGUUGCUCGACCGAAGGAACGAACAAAAUCUGAAUAUCAGCGUGAAUUUACGUGGAAAGGGAAUCCGUCAUUAUCAUCAUCUGUCAAUAAUAUUAAUAAUAGUAAUGCACCCACUCCAACUCCACCAGUAGAUAAUAAUUUAUCACGACCGCCAUCGUCUGCAUUAAACAUAAGAUCAGAAACUCCCGCAAAAACGCCCGAACCUCCAAAAUUGAUUGAUGAGCUAAUAACAAGUACAUCAAAUACUAAUAGUAGUAUUAUUAUUAAUAGCAAUUCAAGUAAUUCUUCUACUAUUACGCCGAAUAAUAAACCCGCGGAAUCAAAAUAUAAUGGCAAAUUUAUGGCAGAACCUGAAGACUUUAGUGUUGCAGCUGAGAGAUUCAUGCGGAAAACUGCUGGAAUUACUACUAAUACAUGUGAUCACAAUAAUUCAUGGAAAGGAACACUGCGUACAGAGCAGAAAGAAUCGAUUCUAGCAUCAAGUCUCGAUGAUCAAACAAAAAAAAUAUUAGCACUGGAAGCAAACAGACUCUCCAAAAAAUCACGAUCAUAUUCAAUGUAUUCGUUACGCGAUCAACUGAAAACAGCCGAGGCAGCCGAAGAACUAUCGAGUCCAAUGACGUCAGAGUAUAAACGUGAAUUUGUCGAUUGGAAAGAAUAUGGGCAUCAAGUGCGUGAAGAAAGUAUUCCAAAGAGAAAAGAAACAGAGUCAAAGUUACGACGGAGAGGGUCCUGGUCUGCUACGUCGUUGCCGGAACCACUCAAGUGGUUGGGAAAAUUGAAUAUAGGAGAGAAAAAUACAUCAUCAUCAACUAAACUUCAGUCUACGAUAACAGAUUCAAAGUCAAUUAGAGGCGUUUCUUAUAAUAAUAGUCGAUUGAUUCCUCAACGACCAUCUACUUCUGCGGAAUUUCGAGAUUAUGACGAUUAUGAGUUUAAUGAUAAAUUUGAUUCAAAGUAUAAUAACAGUAGUAACAAUAAUAAUGACAAGAGAUUGUCAAGAGAUAAGUAUUACAAUAGUUUCAACAGAGAUACGAAGUACGAUAAUUAUUAUAAAACGGACUCUGAAUAUCGCAAUAAAUCAUAUGAUGAUCGAUCUCAUUAUUACGAUGAUUCCCGUCGUGAAACACAACAACAGCAGCGGCAACAUGAUUACGAUCCUCGAUAUAGAAAUCGUGUUAGCCAGUUAAUAGACGAGGAUAAAUAUAGUGAACGAGGCAGUCAAUCCGGUUCCGAAUUUGAUCGAUACAGUGAUCGCGGAAGUCAAUUUGGAGAACACGAUCAAUAUAGUAAUCAUUCAAGAAACACUUCAUAUUCAUCACAGGCUUCUUCAUUGCAUAACAAAAGUGUUACACCAGGAUUACGUGAAGAAUUACUUUCACAUCCACAUUCAUCAUCGAUGCAUCCCCCGCCAUCGUAUAUUGAUAAUUUGCAGACGAGAUCUAAUUAUAGUUCGAGUAGUUCUGUAUCGACGCCAAGUUUGCCAUCCACUCCACAAGAAUAUUAUCCGAAUGAUUCACGCUUGAGAAAAACUCAUAUGACUGAAAAUUCUAAAGAAGACUUAUAUAUGACACCUUCGACGGGAUAUAAAGAUCAUUACCAGAGUUAUAACAAUAAUAAUCCGUCAAGAAAUGGUUUCUAUAUUGACGAUGAUGUGCCACUUGAAAUGAAUGGUCGUUAUAGUUCUAAACGAUCUUCUACCCCUGUACAAUUACCAUCUCCGCUAGAUAAUAAUCGUAUCUCAUCAUCAUCACAAAGAGGACGACAAUUGUAUGCAACACCUGGAAGAUCACCUUUAGCUUCGAUGCCUCAUUCCACUGUUGAUACUUCGUAUUCGCCAGCUCGAUCUCCAAGUCCUACCGAUGAUGGAUAUCGAAAAUAUCAUCAACGAGGAAUAUCCACGCCAAUCCAAGGAUACACAUCACGACCAGAAUCACGUGCAGGUAGUGUAAGUAGCCACGGUACUUCUAUCGAAGAAGAAUCCGUUGUGCUUACAGAUAUAUUACGAGCAGCCGAUACUGAUCUACUUAAAAGUUUAAAUGUUCAAAUGUCUGUAUUUCGAACUGCACGUGAAGAAGUUACGCCAAAAAUUGGGGCAAAACCUGCAAUAACAACAACAGCAAAAAGUGGAACUGCCAAAACAGCAUCGAAAAACUCGACAUCGAAAACGGGAAAAUCAUCGAAUUCUAAAACCAUGCGAACUGCUGGUCUUCCUACUUCUGGAUUAACAUCAUUAGCAUCAAAACGAUCUUCAUUAAUAAAUGGUAAAACUUCAUUAAAGAAUAAAACAUCGACAACAUCACCGACAACAAAUAAAGGACACAAAACAAGUUCAUCGGCAUCUUCAAUAUCAUCUACAUCAUCAACACCAAGUUUCAUGUUUGAACGAUCGAACCCAAUGCCAUUUAGGAAUCCAACGUCAUUUAGUGAUGCAAGAGAAGCAUUAAAUCGUGCUAGAGUGCAAGUUGGACAGAUGCUUGAUCUUGUGAGCAACGGAAGCUUUGAAAUGUAA